AUGUCACAACGUGGAAAGUUAAUUGUUCCAAUUACCUCAUUUAUCCCAAAUAUUGAUUGUUUAAUAGUUGAAUUAAUGAAAUCAGAAAAACAACCAUUAUUAAUACCAGCAGAUACAAUAUAUUAUUUAUGUUCAACUAUCAGAACAGUAUUUAUGAGUCAACCAGUAUUUUUAGCAUUAGAUGCACCUUUAACAAUAGUUGGGGAUAUUCAUGGUCAAUUCUUUGAUUUACUAAGAAUUUUCUAUCAAAAUGGUAUUCCACCAGAUAAAAAAUAUUUAUUUCUUGGAGAUUAUGUUGACAGAGGAAAAAAUGGAGUAGAAGUUCUUUGUCUUCUUUAUGCUUUAAAAAUUAAAUACCCAGAACACAUUUAUCUUAUUCGAGGUAAUCAUGAAACUGCUUGUUUAAAUAGAUUUUAUGGAUUUUAUGAUGAAUGUUUAAGAAAAUAUGGUAAUUUAUACAUUUGGAAUGCUUUUAUAUCAACAUUUAAUGUAUAUCCUUUUGCAGCUCUUAUUAAUGAUAAAAUAUUAUGUAUUCAUGGUGGUCUUUCUCCUUUAUUAAAAAAACUUGAUCAAAUUAAACGUAUUACAAGACCUGUAGAUAUUCCAGAAGAAGGUUUAAUUUGUGAUCUUGUCUGGGCAGAUCCUUCUUUAGAAGACAAUGGAUUUAGUUCAAAUAAUCGUGGAACAGGAUGUGCUUUUGGUAUGGAUGUGUUAAAUGAAUUCCUUAAUGAAAAUAAUCUUCAAUUACUUAUUAGAGCACAUGAAAUGGUUGAUGGGUUUACUGUUUUAGAUGGUGUUUGUGUUACUGUGUUUUCAGCUCCUUAUUAUUGUGGUACUAUAACCAACAGUGGGGCAUAUGUUACUAUUUCAACUAAUUUGACACUUGACUUCCAUAAAUUUGGAACUGAAAAAAUAUGA